AUCCGGUGCCACUGUCACCUCCCUCAAUCAAUAAGCCUUUUCCGUUCUGUUUUCAUCUGUUUUCAAUUUUCUGGUCCGUUGAAAUCCCACAGCAACACCAUGCUUCUCAGAGCCGCUGCCACUGCUUCUGCUUCAACCCUGUCUCUUUUCAACUCGAACACUGAACAGUCGCGUUCAUUUCCCGUUCGUUAUUCAUACUCCUUUGGAAAAAAGGAUAGUGGAUUGGUGGUUUGUGCCACCAAGGGAUCCACCAACAACCGUGUCCUAACCGGUGUGGUUUUUGAACCAUUUGAAGAAGUGAAGAAGGAGCUCGAUCUCGUUCCCACUGUUCCGCAAGUUUCUCUCGCUCGUCAGAAAUUCGUUGAUGAUUCUGAAGCUGCAGUUAACGAGCAAAUCAAUGUGGAAUACAAUGUGUCGUACGUGUACCAUGCUAUGUUUGCGUUCUUUGAUAGGGACAAUGUUGCGCUCAGGGGUCUUGCCAAGUUUUUUAAGGAAUCGAGUGAAGAGGAAAGAGAGCACGCUGAGAAAUUAAUGAAGUAUCAGAACAAACGUGGUGGAAAAGUGAAGCUGCAGUCUAUAGUGAUGCCGCUUUCUGAGUUUGAUCAUGCAGAUAAGGGAGAUGCGCUGCAUGCAAUGGAACUCGCUCUGUCAUUGGAGAAGCUAACGAACGAAAAGCUCCUUAAGUUGCACAGUGUUGCCACAAAGAACGGUGACGUGCAGUUGGCAGACUUUGUGGAAAGUGAGUUUUUGGGCGAACAGGUUGAAGCCAUCAAAAAAAUGUCCGAGUAUGUUGCUCAGCUCAGAAGAGUUGGCAAAGGACAUGGUGUCUGGCACUUUGAUCAGAUGCUGCUCCAUGAGGAAGGAGCUGCAGCUUGAUGAUUAUAUUCUGCCCCCCUCCCUCUUCUAGUCAUUGUUUCUUUUGUCUAUCUAAGAGACCUUUAAGUCUUUUUUGCUAGUAGUUGAAACUGAACUAUGGCUGAAUAAAAUCAACGUGGAUUGGUUUCGGUCAUCUUGAUAUUUUGCAGUUCAUUUACUAGUCGAUGCAUGUUUUCU